CCUCUGGGUGUCCCAGCCCAGGGGAUCUCCUGCAGGGGGUUACCAGUGUGACAGAGGACGGGUCCUGGGCUCUCUUCAGCUGUGAUGCUGGCUACAGGCUCUAUGGACACUCACUGCUCUACUGCAAGGGCCAGAACUGGAACGGCACCAAGCCUGUCUGCAAGGAGUCUGAUGAUGUCUCCUGGUCCUCCUCUGUGCCUCUCCCCCCUAGAAGUCUGAUGAUGUCUCCUGAGUCUGAUAUGAUGUCUCCUGGUCCUCCUCUGUGCCUCUCCCUCCUAGAGUCUGAUGAUGUCUGCUGGUCCUCCUCUGUGCCUGUCCCUCCUAGAAGUCUGAUGGUGUCUCCUGGUAUUGAUCCUCCUCUGUGCCUCUCCCCUCCUAGAAGUCUGAUGGUGUCUCCUGAGUCUGAUAUGAUGAGUUCAUGGAAGCAGAAGGAGCCCACCGUCCCGAUGCCCAGGAUCCAGAGCCAGAACCUUGCCGUGCUGUCUGCUCUGAAGAACCACCUACAGCUUCACUACAAUACCAUCGCUAACACCGCCUCCAAGCCCGUGUCGCUGGCCAACGCACCACCUAAAGACCCCCACACCCACCUAAAAGACCCACACUCCAUAGACCGCAGCCCCAAAGCUCACCAUGUGGAGGAGAAUUUGAAAGACACCAGGGAUCUAACAGACAGAGAAGGGGCCCCUGAGAAGCCCACUAGACCUCAGGCCUCCACAUCCUCCUCUGCUACUACAGAGACCAUUACAUCCACAUCCAGCCUGCCGGUCGCUGAAGGGAAGGCGGGUGCUGACAGGGCCACCCAGUUGGAGCCUGGCCAGGGUGUUACGGAGCCAGCAGAUGUGAGCAGCACAGACACACAGGAGCCCCGUCCUCAGAAACCCACUGAGACCAGCUCCACAAGCUUCAUCAACUCCAGCAACACCACCAGCCACUGGGUCAAUGGAACAGACACGUAUGGUCAUCACAUCCAAGUGAAGGAGACUGCAUCAUUAUCUGAUGAUGAUGAUGAUGAUGGUGUUGAAACUCAUCGACGCAACGUGACCUCUCCGGAUCUGGCAUCAAACGGGUCCUCACAGGACAAUGAAACCGACACAAGUGACAGUCAUCACAGUCAGGCGAACGAGACGUCAUCGUCGCCAUUGUCCGGCGAUGGUGGUGAAACAUCUCGACACAAUGGGACCUCAUCGUAUCCGUCUGUAAACAGGUCAGACCAGCAUCUUAUUAAGGGUGCUACAAACACAGAGAAGCUGCCCAGGCCUGUGACCCUAAACAGGCGUCCGCUGUGCCCUUACCCUCCCCUGCCAGCUCAUGGCACCUUCUACUUCCGUACGGUAGACAACCCCGGUCCCCGGGACUACAAACACUACAUCCAGUACGCCUGCUAUGCAGGGUACACCCUGGCCCACGGGGAUAUCCACAGCUACUGUCUGCAGGCUGGACGGUGGAGUGGUCUCACCCCGGUCUGCUUGGAGGUGACCCCCUGCGCCCUGAACAACGGAGGCUGUUCCCAGCUGUGUAGUGUGAACCAGGAACAAGCUCAGUGUCACUGCAGACCAGGCUUCAUCCUGUUAGAGGAUCACCGUACCUGUAGAGAUGUGGAUGAGUGUGUGGAGGGUCAGCAGCAACAGCGCUGCCAGCAGACCUGCGUCAACACCUUCGGCUCGUUCCGCUGCUCUUGCCCCUAUGGACACACCCUGGCUGGGGACGGAAGGGCCUGUGUGGCUGAGUGUCCCGCAGGGUACAGAAAACAACCCUCAACCCCGAUACCUGGAGGAAACCUGUCCAGAAAGGAGUGUGUAGACAUCAAUGAAUGUGAGGAGCCAGAGGUCAGUGUACCUGGACACCGGUGUCAGUGGAAGUGUGUGAACCUGCCUGGCUCCCACCGCUGUAUCUGUCCCAGAGGAUACAAACUGUCCUCAGACAGACACCACUGCAGAGAUAUCAAUGAGUGCAGCCGUAAGAACGGUGGCUGCUCUCACCUGUGCCUGAACCAUAAAGGAAGUUACCAGUGUUCCUGUCCUGCCUCUCACCGCCUCUCCCCCUACAGUAGGAAGAAGUGUCAGCCAAGGAAAGAACAGCAGAGUAAUGUGUAGCAGAGAUCGUGUGGAGACCCUUUAAAUAUAAAUGUCAUUUAUUCUAUUGCUUCUACCAUCCCUCUGUUCGGCCCUUGAACAAUACUUCUACUAUUGAAUCUACAUUUUGUCAGGCCUUAGAUGUAUUUUUGUCAAAUCAUUACUGAGAACAGUAUAAAAACUGUUGAAAUAUUAUUGUCACAUCCAGAACAUAUCUGUAACAUUGAUAGAGGCUUGGACUGCAUAUUA